CAUAAAUCGAAUUUCAUGAGAGCGCGCUUUGGUCUCCUGUUCGCCGUGGUCGCUGCCUCGCGAUCUGCCGUCGACGAUCACGAAGUGCCCACUGAUCCCAUAGGUACCCCGGACAAGGCCAAUGCAGACAGUCAAGCCAGCGCUACGGUGGUCGACAGCACCGCAGCGAGGUCAUUAACAAACAACUACCCGAGUGGCUACAACGUCAACGGCGGCUACGAGAGUGGCCCGUACGACGGCUACAACGACGGCCCGUACGACGGCUACAAUGACGGCAAGUACGGCCAGGACGACGGCUACAACGACGGUCCAUACGGCGGCUACAAGAACGGCCCGUACGAUGACUACAACGACGGCAAAUACGACGGCUACAACGCUAACCGCGGCUACAAUGCCAACGGUGGCUACAAGAACGGCCCAUACGGCGGCUACAAGAACGGCCCAUACGGUGGCUACAAGAACGGCCCAUACGGCGGCUACAAGAACGGCCCGUACGGCGGCUACAAGAACGGCCCGUACGGCGGCUACAAGAGCGGCCCGUAUGACGGGUACAAGAACGGUAAGUACGGCCAGGACAGUGGCUACAACGGCUAUGGGGGCUACAAGAACGGGUUGUACGGUGGCUACAACGACACCGGCGGCAGCGCGGAUUUUAACUACACGACUAUUGUGUAUGUCCCCGGCGGCAACGUCAGCGCGGACACCAACGACACGAUUCAAUACGUCCCCGGCGGUGGCAACACGGACGGUUAUUACAAGCGCGAUGACACCUACAAGAGCGAUUUCCGCGGUGCGGACUACGGUUAUAACGGUGGUUACGACUCGCACAACUAUUGGUCGCGCAACAGCGCCGACGCGCCUCCAUACCUUGCAGAAAGCCCAAGUCAAGGGCAGCGGUACCCGGACGUUGACCACACGAGCGACUACGUCUAUGGCCACUACACCGACUCGGACGACGGAUGCCCAUCCCAGCCGUGCCACGAGCUCGCGACGGUCGAGCACGGCAAGUGCGUGUACCGGCAGCUCGCGCCAGGCACGUUGUGCGCCGGCCAGAGCUGCAACAACGGCGGGCCCUGCGACGACGACGAGAAGGACUACUGCGACAGUACCGGCACGUGCGUCGACGGCUACCGUAUCGAGACUUACGUCCCUUGCCGUCCAGCGGUGAGUGCCUGCGACGUGCCCGAGUACUGCAACGGCAAGCAAAGCCAGUGCCCGAUGGACAGGUUCUCUCCGCGGACGCAAAAGUGCAUCGGUCACUCCAACGGCGGCGAUUGCGACACGACCGACUACUGCGACGGCCGUGGCCACUGCGUCGACGCCUUUCGCGGCCCGAGCUUCGUCUGCCGUCCGGCGCGCGACGACUGCGAUGCGCCCGAACGCUGCUCCGGGCACAGCGGUAAAUGCCCACGCAACAGUUUUGCAGACAAGAGCACUGACUGCACCCGCUUGGGCAAGUCGUCGAGAGGUCCUUGCGACGCCCGCGAUCGCUGCGACGGCAAGGGCAACUGCAUCGACCGCUUCCACGGCCCCGAUCACGUCUGCCGCAAACCACGCGACGUGUGCGACGUGCCCGAGUACUGCACCGGCGACAGCAACGCGUGUCCCGACGACGAGUUUGCCGACACGUCGGUCGUUUGCACUGACAUUGGUGACUCGUCCCACGGCUCGUGCGACGGUGUCGACUACUGCGACGGUCGCGGCAACUGCAUCGACCGGUUCCUCGACUGCGACCAAAUCUGCCGAAAGCAACAUGACGUCUGCGAUCUCCCUGAGUACUGCACGGGCGUCCACGGCAGCUGCCCGCGCGACGAAUUCGCAGACUCGGGCACGGUGUGCACGCCGAUUGGGGCGUCGUCCAACGGCCCUUGUGACGCGAUCGACUAUUGCAACGGCCGCGGCACGUGCAUCGACAACUUUAACGUCGACACACUUUGCUACAAUCCUCGGGGGUUCUGCGACUCGGGGCGCUUCUGCGACGGCACAUCGGGGGCGUGUCCCGCCGCCGGCUACGACCGCGAGUACGUGCUUCUCGCCGACGACGCCAGCAUGACCGAGGUUAUCAUGCAAAGCUUUCGCCUGUGCUCGGCCAAAGUCACGGAAGGUCUCGUCUCGGUCGACGGCGCCAUGCCGAGCCACUCGGUCUAUGUGCUUCUUGCCGGUGUCGCCCUUGUUGCGGUUGUCGUUGCGAUCGUUGUCACCAAGGUCAAACCGUUGUUGGGUGUUGGAAAGAACGACGACUACACCCUCGUUACCGAAACUGUCUAG